AUGAAGAAGAACUGUUGGUGGCAGGAGAGUGUGAAGAACCGGGGAGAGGGUAGUUGUGUGGAAGACAUGGACAUCUUGAUUCUUGUCAAUACAUCUAUCUCUUUGCACAGGUCUGAUGGAGUGAUGAGAACUGUGAACACAGAGAAACUCCUCAAGACCAUCCCUAUCAUCCAAAAUCAGAUGGACGUGUUACUUGACUUCAAUGUCAACGCCAACGAACUGACAAACGGUGUGAUCAAUGCAGCCUUCAUGCUUCUGUUCAAAGAUGCGAUCCGACUGUUUGCAGCAUACAAUGAGGGCAUAAUCAACCUCCUGGAGAAAUACUUUGAUAUGAAGAAAGUCCAGUGCAAAGAAGGACUUGACAUCUAUAAGAAAUUCCUUACACGAAUGACAAGAAUCUCAGAGUUCCUCAAAGUUGCAGAGCAAGUGGGAAUUGAUCGAGGGGACAUCCCAGAUCUCUCUCAGGCCCCCAGCAGCCUGUUGGAUGCCCUGGAGCAGCACUUGGCCUCUUUAGAGGGAAAAAAAGUCAGAGACUCAACAGCAGCCAGCAGGGCUAGCACCCUCUCCAGUGCGGUCUCCUCCCUGGCCAACACCGGUAUAUCUUUCACCAGAGUGGACGAGAGGGAAAAACAGGCUGCCCUGGAAGAAGAGCAGGCUCGCCUAAAAGCACUAAAAGGUGAGAAGCUUGGUCAUCCGCGAGGGACUCGGAGUGGAGCCGCUGCUCCUUUGCGUAGAAAGGAGCCAGUUGAGGUGGUUCGGGCAUCUGGUGAGGAUGCCUCCAGGGCGCCUCCCGAGGGAGGUGUUCCUGGCACAUCCAGCUGGGAGGAGGCCACGGGGCAGACCGAGGACCAGGUGCAUGCGUACAUCCUGAGCAUGGAGGUGUGCUGA